UGCUUGCCACAAACUGGCGCCCGCACAGGACGAAGCCAACCGGCGGCACGUCGCACAAAAAGUUGGCGGAUCCGUUGAUAAUAUUGCGAUUCCAGAGCUGGAGGUGGAUAAGCGAAAAUACCGCCGUCGGCAUCGAAAACUAGCGGAGCAGCAAGAACACCUACAACAACAACUACGACUGGCACAACAAAUACAAAUACAACACCAACAACAGCUGCAGCCCGAUCAACCGCAGCCCCAGCAACCACUGCAGCCACAGCCAUCAGUGCCACCACAGCAGGUGGUUACAGAUAAGCAGCGGGAGGCGUAUCACUAUCAAGCUCAACACAUGCGGAUACGGAAGAACGAAUCACUGCCCAGGCCUGCGUACAAGGAAAGAGAGCGGCAUAAGGACCGGAACAGGGAAAAGGAUAAGGAGAAGGAUAAGCAGAGAGAUAAGCAAAGAGAUAAGGAGAGGGACAGGCAAAUGGCCGAGCGGCUAGCGAAUGCUCAGGAGCGACGCAUACAUGAGCUUGAUAAGAAUGUGGAGCGAUUUUUUGAAGUGCGCAAGCGUCUGGGCAAGGGCGCCUACGGCAUUGUGUGGAAGGCCACGGACAAGCGACAAAAGGACACCGUGGCACUCAAGAAGAUCUACGACGCGUUCCGGGAUGAAACCGAUGCGCAGCGCACCUAUCGCGAGGUCGUCUUCCUGCGCGCCUUUCGGCAUCAUCCGAACAUCAUUCGGAUGCUGGACAUCUUCAAAGCUGCGAACAAUCUGGACUUCUAUUUGGUCUUCGAGUUCAUGGACAGCGAUCUGCACAAUGUCAUCAAAAAGGGCGAUGUCCUCAAGGACAUACACAAGCGCUUCGUCAUGUAUCAGCUGAUCAAUGCGAUCAAGUAUAUGCACUCCGGCAACGUCAUCCACAGGGAUCUCAAGCCAAGCAACAUUCUGAUCGAUAGCAAGUGCAGGUAG